AGGUUGCUGGCUGCAAACUGUCUAAAUUUGCUCACUUGGUGCUGAUGUGGUUUAAGGCGAUAUUUCUGCUCUUCCUCUGAAUCAAGCAGAAACAGAGACACAGCUAGAAGUGAACAGAUCCUCUCAUACACAUGUACUCCACUGUAGACAUGAUUUACCUUCUGGUUCUCUCUGGGAUUUUACUUCACAUCUCAGAUGCUGGAUCCGGGAUGAAUAUCGGAGUGAAAUCUGGAUCACCAGGCAUUAUUCCCUGUCUAUAUGAUAAAAAAUAUGAAGGAAACCGUAAAUACUGGUGUAUGGGGCAUUUUUGGUCUACUUGCAGUAUAUUAAAAUAUGCAAAUGGGUCAGGAAAAUAUUCCCUCACUGAUUAUCCAGCCCAGAGUAUUUUUACAGUUCAGUGGAAGAAUCUGCAGACCUCAGACUCUGGAUAUUACUGGUGUGCUGCGGAGAUCGGUGACCAUAACACCCUAGACUACAGUUAUUAUCUGUAUCUGACCGUACAAUCAGUUCCUGAUGUGUCUGUGGAGAGCAGCAGUGUAUCUGGACAUGAAGCUGGAGAUAUCAGUGUUCAGUGUCUCUACAGUUCUGGAUAUCAGUAUAAAACUAAACAGUGGUGCAGAUAUAAAGAUGAGAGAUGUUACACAGUGGGGAGGACUGACACAUCCCAGAGUUCAUCAGUCCAGAUCAGUGAUGAUGAUGGGAGAAGAUCCUUCACUGUGCUGAUGACUGGACUGAGACUGACUGAUUCUGGCUGGUACUUCUGCUCUGUAGGAGAUCUGCAGGCUCCUGUUCAACUCACGGUCACUGAACCUGAAAGAGCUAUGAAAACUGAAUCAAGUCCUGAGACAGACAUAACUGAAACCCAUCCAUCUCUAACAGCAUCCUCAGAGACUGUUAAUAGUCAAACACACAGCAGCACGGAUGAACAAAAGUAUUUCAGGCGUGAUGUGAUUCUGGUCACGUGUCUUCCAGCGAUUCUGCUCUUACUGCUGGUUACUCUUGUUGCCAUAGUAACUUGGAGACUGAGAAAGAAGCAGAAGAGGCCUCAAAAUAGAGAAGAAGCACAUUUUAACAGCACCACAAUGCCGUGUGAAAACCCAACAACCUCCAACAGUCCAGCAGAUGAUCCUUCUCAUUCGGUCAUUUACAGUUCUGUGGUCACCUUUCCUAAAGCACCUUCAUCUUCACUGAAUUCUGAUGGUGCUGUGAUCUACAGCUCCGUGAAAAAAAAGGCUGUGAAUUCGUAAAGCCUCUGUUACUUCUGCUUCUUCUGAAUGAUCUGUAAGAAAGUAACAAUCAGUCAUUUAAAAUGAACAAUAAGUCUAUUUUACAGUUUCAGUUUAAACAGUGCGAAGGUUCAGUGAACGAAUGCAGCUAAGAAUGUACGUUUGUCAGUGUUUUUUUUAAAUAUAUGCUGGUUGGCAUUACUGUGAACAAAAUUAAUAAUUUACAGUACAUAGAUAUGAAGUGCAUUUCUAAAGUACAUCAGGUAUAUUACAGGUAUAUUCCAGAAUUAAUUCAUGACCAGCCAACAUUUUUAAAAGAGCUUUCUUUAAGACCAGAUUUAUUUAGUUAGUAUUUAUUUUUUUUAGAUAUUACAUUUAAUUGUAUUAAUUAAAAUUGAACAUCGUAUAAAGCCAAUAAACUGUUUUUGUAUGAAAUAUACAGCAUGCAUACUUUUUCAUUUCACAUAUUACACGCUACAUUCACUAUAUUUUCUGUCUGUAUGAU